AUGGCUGAGGCGAAGGACGAGAUGGAAAAGGAGGCAGUCCUGGAGGCAAUAGAGCGAGUGCGAAAGUCAACCGAGAACUCAGAGAAGGCAGUGGAGGAUGCAAGGGAGGCUGCAAAGGAAGCACAAAAUGCGGCGAUGGAAGCCACGUCAGAAGCGGAUACAGCUACGCAGACGGCAGCACAAUUGCAGACUACAAACGAUGGCCUUAAGAAGGAAAUUGCGGAGGCUCCAGAGACGUUGAGCAGGCCACAGGGUAGUGGUGAAGAGAAAAAUCACGCAAUGCUAGAGCAACGAGCGCUGCAAGCCAAAACGAGGGCUGAACGUAUUGAGAACAGGUCGAAGAAAGUGCUGGAGAAGGCCCGUGAGGCACUGCAGGUGGCAAUCGUGGCAAAAGGAAACGCUGACGAGGCAGAGCGACUGUCAAGUUGGUCGUCAUCGUCCACGAAGCAAUCCGUGAGGUCGGUUAACUCCGCGGCAACACAGGCCACUGUUGCUGCUCUGAGCGCCGAGGUUGCGGCGAAAAAGGCGGAGGAGAUCGCGACAAAGGCAUUGGAGUCAGCGAAGAAUGCGAGGGAGGCGGCUACCGCGGCCUACAUGGCAACACAGGCCGUCAAGCAGGUGGUCACGUUCGACAAAGUGAAGAUUGAGGACAAUGCUGACGGUGUGCCGCUCAACGGCGAAGAUACCUCCAACAUCACUGCCUAUAUUGCGCUGAAGCUUAAAACCACAGCGGAAUUCGCCAAUAGGGCCCAGGAGGACACGACAUCAGUGGAAAAAAGUGCUGCAAUACUACAGGACCACACGAGAGAUGCAGAGAGGGCAGUGGAAAAUGCAAGGGAACGCGUGAACGAUGCAGCGGACUCUGUUGAGUAUGAAAGGGUUCUGGCAGAGCAGGACUGGAAGCAGCUUUCCCAGGGCGCGGCUCGGUCCGGCAAGAAUGGGAGGGCGUUGAUGCGCAACGCGGCGGACGCCAGCGACAGCCCUGCGUGGGUGCGUGGGGUGCCGCUGCUGCUGCUGAGUGCGCUGGCCCUUCUGGCUGCGUGCUGA